GUCCUGUGUCAUGACGUCGCCGUCACCCGACACGUCCAUCUCAGGAUUGCUGUCGCGAAUGACGUCCUUCCGCUUCACUUUGAGUGAGUCGGACGGCUCCCAGUCAGCCUCGCAAGCAAGACCACCUCAAAUCAAACGAGAAUUGCACAUGAAGGUUGCGAUUGUUGGUGGGAACGGAGUGGGAAAGUCGUCGAUCGUCCGCCGUUGGCUCAAGCGGCCGUAUCAAUCUGCGUAUCAUCCGACAAUUGGUGUGGACGUACACACGAUCAAGUAUUCUAAGCGGGGAGCUUCAAAGGACUCACCAAUCUACGUCGACGUUUGGGACGUAUCGUGCGCCGAAGUCAACAGCCCUGCGUUCCACGAACUGCUGUGUACCGGUCUCGACGGCAUCUUUUUCGUGUUCAACGUCCAUCGCGUGAGCUCGAUCGCGGCCGUGGAUGCAUGGCAAACCGCUUUGGGCAAGUUCAUCUCGUCGUCCGAAAUUCCAUUCUACCUACUCUCGCACAAAGCCGACAUGCUCCAGAAACGCGUCAUGACGAGCGACGAUAUUGAUGCCUACGUGCGGACCGCAGGAUUCAAAGGAUGGAGCUGGACGGUAGGGCGCGCCGGGCUUGGAGAAAGCGACAAGAACCCGGCGGUCUUGGAAGCUCUCGACACGAUGAUCGAUCUGAUAUGUCGGGGCAAAUCAGCAGAUGAAAUGCUGCGCGACAGGUAUUCCCAAUCUACGAGCAUCUCCAGUCGCGGCGACGGCAUUCUGCAGCCCAUUCAUCCAAUCGAAGUCGCGAUCCCGUCUGCUGCAGGGACGUUGUCCUUCGUGCAUGUCCCGACGCAGGCAAUUACGACGAUUCCCCGGGACGUUGCCGACGACGUUCCAUCGCGCGCCAAUGCGGCCGGUGGGUUCGGGGCCGCGUGGAUGUUUGGCGACCAAAAGGGACAGUACCUCGUUGUGCAUUCGAGAGAGUCCAUGGACAUGGUUGAUUCAUCCGACGGCGAAGCGCUGUCCGACGUCGGGAGCGACCGAGGAAGCACAGCGUCCUCGCACGAGACCACGACGACAUUGCAUUCUCCAGUCGAAGAUGACGGAUGGAGAUUCUUCGCCGGGAGCCUUGACCGCGCCAAAACAGAGCGACUGCUGAGCACACACGGCGAAGGCGCGUUUUUGGUGCGCCGUAAGGACGCUCGCACGUUGGUACUGUCGUACCAAGGAAACCACGACGACGCCCAUCAUGUGCUUCUCGCGUUUCAAGACGGCAAUUUCUACGUUGGCGGUGCGCCAUCGUCGUCGAGACAGCCCUCUACAGCUCCGCCGCUGCCGGCUUUCUCGACGCUCUCCAAGUGCCUCCGCAGCUUGCGCAAGUACGCAUUCCGCGGCCUGACGUUCCACCGCACGCCGUCGAAAUUUCAGUUUGGCAGACCAUCGACCAUGGACGUUGUCGUGGCACCUCCAACAGGCCAACGAAGAUCCGACGUGGCGGCGCCGCCUUCGUCUUGGACACCAGACGCGAAUGCCCCCCAGGCGCAUAUGCAAGCUCCCCAAACUCCCGUUGACGUGCCUCCCCUCCAGCGCCUUGGCGACAUGAUGUCGCAGUUUUACUCGCAGGUCCGACAACGACUGGACGAUUUUGAACGCCUUGGUACCACCGGUAUGACUUGCAACCACGGGGAGAUUUCAUUUCCCUCUCCUUUGUGACGCUGCGUGUGCCUUGUAGACAAGCCACAACUAGACUCGUUGCGAGAGUUGGUCGAUACUGAAGUCGCAGAUUAUGCUAGCACCGCAACCGACCAAGCCGUGGAAGUCGUGUGGCGAAGGUUCGUCAGGGACAUGGAGGUCUGGAGCCAAAUCCUGGCAACACUGGACAUCGAUGCUCCAUAGCAUCUGCUUUGAUAUGCCACAUACUUCGAAUGACCGCGUAAUGAGCCAACACGUUGAUUUGUCUGCUGACCUCCGUGUGGCUGAGGACGUUCGAGGGACAAAGUCCAUGUGCCUGGUAGUGCAAUUUGGUCGCUUCACCAGUGGUGACUGGCUCGUACGAGCGCUAUUUGCGCACUGGAUGCGACGAUGAACGUAGGGCGCAGCGUCAAUCGAGUUGCAUUACACAAUAGACAACGGCCCUUGCUGGAAACGUCGCCAUUUCCUUCAAACAGAAGAAAUGAUCCAUUCAUAGCGAAGACUGCUGUGGCUCCAGAGCACCACGUACGCCUUUCAACAUCGCUCUGCUUGAGUCUCUGCGACUACAAAGACGUUGCCGCGGGGCCGCCGUCGCCCUCCAUUCGACCAAUAUCAACUCCGAGAUCAAGUUAUUCAUCAUCUCGUAUGUGGCGUCAAAGAAACCGCCAGGGUGACGCUUGGUGCACAAGAA